GAAAUUUUGAAAAAAAGGAAAGAACAAGAAACAAAACAAGGGGUUUUGUCGAUCUCGACCGUUCCAAGAAAGAUUGAGAAUGGAUGGAAAUCAGCAACUUUGUAAACAUUUUCAUCUCAGACAAAAAUGGCUGUCAUUGUUUUCUCCGUAGACGAAAACAAUGUAUUUGUUCAAUGAAACUUCAAUGUCUUUCUCUCUGUUCAAAACCACUGUUCCCUCUGCAUAUUCCUUGCACUUCAGUUUCCACCAAUUCCAGUCAGAUAUGGAAAAAGAGAAAAACACCCAAGGGUUAGAAAAGGAAUUGGCCAACUACAGGCUGCAAAUAGAAGCAAAGGACUCUGCAUACAUGCAGGCUCUUCUUCAACUAGAACACUAUAAGAAAACAGCAGAAGAACUUGCCGUCCUACUAAGGAACUCCGAGCUCGAGAGAGAGAGAUAUAUAGAAGAAUGCAAUGAAUUCAAGAAUCGGGUCGAUAAACUCGAAUCGAAGACGAAAGGGAUAGUAGAUCAGUUGUCUGAAACAGCAAAGGUGCGCGAGCAGCUUUCGUGUGUUUUAAAUGAUCUGAAGGUUACACAAGCUGAUGUACUUAAUAUGGAAUCACAACUUGCUGCUGCAAAAGAUUUAGAGAUCAAGGCAAUUACUCAAGCUGAAAUUAUGGAAGUCUCCGCUAACAUGGAAAAGGAAAGAUCUGAAAAACUUUUAGGGCGCAUUGCGGAGCUUCACGAUGCUGUUCUUAUUUCUCAGCUUUCUGCCACAGAAGCUGAGAAUGAGAAGUGCAGAGUUGUGUCCGAGAAAGAUGCUGAAAUGGAGGCAAUGAAGGCAACAGCAUUUCAAGCACAAAAAGAGAUGGAAGAUCUGAGAAAACAGUUGGAAACAAUUCGAGAACUCGAGAAUAAGCUCGUAGCCAAGACCGCAUAUAUCGAGUCAUUGCAGGCAAAGCUUGAGCAGGUAAGUAAUGUACUCAGUUCAAUGGAGAAUGCUAGUUUGGACGGUGGAAUUGAUCUAAACCAAAUAAAACAAGACUUGGAGUUCAAGGAAAGAAAGAUAUCAGAUCAAGCAUUUUAUAUCGAGGCGUUGGAAACGGAACUUAAACGAUUAAAACUCGAACUGGAAAAUGCUAAUCAAGUGGCAAAGAACCUGAAGAAUGAUGCACAAGUUUCACACGUUUUUGUUCAAACAGAGAAGUGUGUUGAUCAUAUAAUGAUCUCGGUCGAAGAAUACAACUCUUUGAUCCGAAAAGCUGAGAAGGCAGAUGAAUUUUCAAGGUCUUCAGCAGAAGAUUUUGAUCAGUUAACCACAGAGUCAGUAAGCAAGAACCAAGUUGAAGCAUUGAAGAAACAAUUGGAAGUUGCAAUGGCGAAAAUCGGGUUGUUCCGGAACCGAGCAGAACAAGCGGCGACGAGAGCGGAAGCAGCGGAGAAAGCCAAAGCAACAGCAGAGGAACAGCUGAGGAAGUGGCAAUUACAAAAGCAGAGAAGAAGAGCUGCUUUAGCUGCCUUAAGAGAGGAGUCUGCACCUAAAGAGUUCUGUCUGCCCACCAUUGAAAAGUUACCCACAAAACAUCAGCCAUUGGGUAAAGUUCUUAAGAUGAACUUCUAGUGUAAGAAAAAUUUUCAGAAAUAUAUAUAGUUGUGAGUGAUAGUUAUAUUAAAAAGUUCAAAGCUGCCAGUUCUAAAGACUGAAAUUAUCAUGUUGGUCCAUUUGCAUGGAAGAUCUUAUAUCCAUAAUGGUAAAUCUAUUAUGAUGUUUGUACUUGAUUACAA